AAGAAAGAGAAUAUAUUGGCCAGUUGUUACAAGUUUUAUACUGCAGUGUUUUGAACGUGUCAUCAUUACCCGGAUGAGAUAAGUGACAAGUCAUGCAGUGACAGUUUGUUAAAAGUUACGAUUUUGUAGCUUACUGCGCCAUAUUGCCCAGAGAAGAUGCGUGGAACUACCAAUAAUUCAUUUCUCACUCCAGUGAUCUUUCCUGCUCUGAUUCUCAUUUGUUUCACAUUGUACGAAGUUUCUACUGACACCUUAAAUGUAGAUUUUGAUGAUUACUGGGAGUUAUUUAAGAGAACAUACUGCAAAGUGUAUCGUGACGCCGAUGAAGAAGCACAACGCCGACUGCUGUGGGAGACUCAAGUCCUGGAAUGCUUUCUGCAUAACAUCAGAGCUCAUUUCGGGCUCUUGCCUUUCACCAGAGGAUGCAACGCUUAUUCGGACCUUACAGAUGAGGAAUUCAACCAACACAUGAAAGGAUACAAGAAUAUAGACUACCAGAGUAACAGCUCAUCUUGGGUAGGAACUUCCAGUUUGGGUGCUCCUUCCUCUAUCGACCAUAGAAACGAUGGUUUAGUCACAGGCGUUAAAGAUCAAAGAAUGUGUGGUGCCUGUUGGGCAUUUUCUGCCAUCGGUUCUUUGGAGGGUCAGCAGAAAAAGAAGUCCGACAACCUCGUCGCUCUCAGCGAACAACAGCUGGUCGAGUGUUCAACUAAUGAUAUAAACGAUGGUUGCAAUGGUGGUUUGAUGACAGCUGCGUUUGAAUACAUUAAAAGAUCUCAAGGAGUGGAUACUGAAAAGUCAUAUCCCUAUACAGCAUCGCAAGGCGACUGUAACUUCAGACCAAAUCACGUGGGUGCAAAAAUCACAGGUUUCGUAGAAUUGCCACCAGGGGACGAGAAAGCUCUUCGUGAUGCAGUAGCCUCUGUGGGUCCGAUAUCGGUUGCAAUAGACGCUGGACCACGCAGUUUUAGGACAUACAAAGAGGGUAUCUACGACGAUCCUGAAUGCAGCAGCAACCUACUAGAUCACGCAGUUACGCUGAUUGGUUAUGGAACAGAAGAUGGCACGGAUUACUGGUUGGUUAAAAAUAGUUGGGGUACUUCUUGGGGAAUGAAAGGAUACAUGAAAGUGGCAAGAAAUAGGAACAAUAUGUGUGGUAUCGCCAGUAAAGCAAGUUAUCCUUUAGUUUAGAUGCAAAUUUGGAGACCAACGGUUUAUUGGAAAAAUUCAAGCGAUUGAGACAACGUUAUCAGUUUGGAACAUUUUCUCUACAAGCAUCUAUUUUGUUACUUAUUAUUCAGUUUUAUUUAUUGAGUAAAAAAUUCUGAGAAAAGUUCAGGAGUGCCAUUUCUACUCAAUGACUGAAAAUAAUU